ACAAUGCACAAGUCUGAAUACCACUACGAGUACACAGCCUGUGACAGCCUUGGCUCUCGGUGGAGGGUGGCCGUGCCACACACCCCAGGACUCUGCACGGGCCUGCCAGACCCCAUCAAGGGCACUGAAUGCUCCUUUUCCUGCAAAGCAGGUGAAUUCCUGGACAUGAAAGACCAGUCAUGCAAAUCCUGUGCAGAGGGCAGAUACUCCCUGGGCACUGGCGUUCGCUUUGAUGAAUGGGAUGAGCUACCCCAUGGCUUUGCAAAUGUGGCAACCACCCUUGAGGUUGACAAUAGCUUCUCAGAAUCAGCAGAGAACUGCACCACGUCAACGUGGGUGCCUCUGGGAGACUACAUUGCCUCCAACACAGAUGAGUGCACAGCCACCCUGAUGUAUGCUGUCAACUUGAAGCAGUCUGGCAUGGUCUCCUUUGAGUACAUCUACCCAGACAGCAGCAUCGUCUUCGAGUUCUUUGUUCAGAAUGACCAGUGCCAGCCAACCGUGGAGGAGUCAAGGUGGAUGAAAACCACUGAGAAGGGAUGGGAGUUCCACAGCGUGGAACUGAGUCAUGGCAACAAUGUCCUGUACUGGAGAACCACAGCAUUCUCAGUGUGGUCCAAGAUCCCCAAGCCUGUGCUUGUAAGGAACAUUGGCAUCACAGGAGUGGCCUACACCUCAGAAUGCUUCCCCUGCAAGCCAGGCACUUAUGCAUCCAAACCGGGAUCUUCCUUCUGCAAGCUUUGCCCACCAAACUCGUACUCUGGCAAGGGAGCCACCUCAUGCCAGCAGUGUGAGCCAAACACUUACUCAGAACAAGGCUCAGCAGCUUGCAAACCUCGUCCUCCCUGCACCGAUAAGGAUUAUUUCUACACGCACACUGCCUGCGACACUAAUGGGGAGACUCAGUUAAUGUUUAAGUGGGCAGAGCCGAAAAUCUGCAGUGAAGAGCUGCCUGAUGCGGUGAACCUGCCCCCCUCUGGUGUGAAAACCAAGUGCCCACCGUGCAACCCGGGCUUCUUCAAAACCAACUCCAGCACCUGCGAGCCCUGUCCCUAUGGGGCAUACUCAAAUGGGUCUG